GCUCGGGCUGGCACGUGACUCGCUCUGGGCGCAGGGGUCGAGGAAGCCGAGAGGCCGGAGCUUAGGUCCGGGAGGGAUGGAGCGCUGAGCGGUUAACGUCUGCCCGGCUUCCCACCUCCGCACCCGCCGCCGCCGCCGCCGCCGCCGCCUCCGAGACACCUUCCCGGCUUCUCCGUUGAUUUCCAAAGAGAUAACCAACAUGACUGAGUUCUGGCUCAUAUCUGCUCCUGGGGAGAAAACCUGUCAGCAAACAUGGGAGAAACUCCACGCAGCAACUACGAAGAACAAUAACCUGGCGGUUUCUUCCAAGUUCAACAUUCCUGACUUGAAGGUUGGCACGUUGGAUGUCUUGGUUGGCUUGUCGGAUGAACUGGCUAAACUGGAUGCAUUUGUAGAAGGAGUGGUCAAGAAAGUGGCUCAGUACAUGGCUGACGUGUUGGAGGACAGUAAAGAUAAAGUUCAGGAGAACUUGCUGGCCAGUGGAGUUGACUUGGUUACUUAUAUAACAAGGUUCCAGUGGGAUAUGGCCAAAUAUCCAAUCAAGCAAUCUCUGAAAAACAUUUCUGAAAUAAUUGCCAAGGGAGUAACUCAGAUUGAUAAUGACCUGAAGUCUCGAGCGUCCGCAUAUAAUAAUCUGAAGGGGAAUCUUCAGAAUUUGGAGCGAAAGAAUGCGGGAAGUUUGCUGACUCGGAGCCUGGCAGAAAUCGUGAAGAAAGAUGACUUUGUUCUUGACUCAGAGUACCUGGUCACGCUACUGGUGGUUGUCCCCAAGCUGAACCACAACGACUGGAUUAAGCAGUAUGAAACACUCGCGGAGAUGGUAGUCCCGAGGUCGAGCAAUGUUCUUUCAGAGGACCAAGACAGUUAUCUAUGUAACGUCACCUUGUUUAGAAAAGCAGUUGAUGAUUUCCGACACAAAGCCAGAGAAAACAAGUUCAUAGUUCGUGACUUCCAGUAUAACGAGGAGGAGAUGAGAGCAGAUAAAGAAGAAAUGAACAGGUUGUCUACAGACAAGAAGAAGCAGUUUGGACCACUUGUGCGGUGGCUUAAAGUGAAUUUCAGUGAGGCGUUUAUUGCGUGGAUUCAUAUAAAAGCACUAAGGGUUUUUGUUGAGUCUGUUUUAAGGUAUGGUUUGCCGGUGAACUUCCAGGCCAUGCUCCUGCAGCCUAACAAGAAAACGGUGAAGAAACUAAGAGAAGUUUUACACGAGCUGUACAAGCACCUCGACAGCAGCGCAGCCGCCAUCAUCGAUGCUCCUAUGGAUAUUCCUGGCCUAAACCUGAGUCAGCAAGAAUACUACCCCUAUGUAUAUUACAAGAUUGAUUGCAACUUGCUGGAAUUCAAGUAAAAAUGAGCUCCUCCUA